AUGUCAAUUUAUUCAAAUUCAACCAUAUAUUGCUUGACAUUAAAUAUUUUUUCGUCUAUUUUUGAAAUAAUUUCUUUUGUUAUUUCAUUAAUAUUAUUAUGUUUUAUUGUUUAUCGAUUUAUUUUUAAUAAUUAUGUUAAAAAUUCAUUAAAACAUAAUAUUCCAAUUAUUCUUUCUAUUAAUGCUCUUUGUUUACAUGUUGUUAAAAGUUUUAUACAAUUUAUUAGUGUCAAUUUCAAGACAUUACAACGAGAUUUUUAUUUUAUUAUUGAACCAAAUGAUUCAUCCUUUUGUCGUUUUUAUAGUUAUUUGUUUUUCUCAAUUAUAAGUGCUUUAUAUUGGAGUUAUGUUCUUCAAGCAAUAUUUCGUUUUACACGAGUUUUAUAUCCAAGAAGUUUAAGAUUACAUCAAUCGAAUACUUAUUUAUAUUUAUUUAUUCCUGGUCAAAUUUUACUUUCAUGUUCUAGUGUUUUACCAUUUUUAGUGGUCUUUAAUUCUAUAUGUUUAAUACCAGAUGAAAUUUAUUGCAGUAUAUCAAUGGAAGAAUAUAUUCCUUUAAUUUAUUUUAUCUUAGUUAUUUUUUGUUUACCAAUGAGUAUUAUUUUUGUAUUUUAUAUUUGUUUAAUUUGUAAAAUACGUCUAUUAUUAUUCACAAAUUCUUUUCGACAACGCAAUCAACGUGAUUAUAUUGCAAUUCGACGUAUUAUUUUAGUUAUUUUUAUUGUAAGCAUAACAUCUGUUCCAGCUGUUAUUGAUAUUAUUGUUUAUUCACCUAAACGUCAUCAUAAUCCAUUUAUUUAUCGUUUACAAUGGAUUUCUUCUUCUUUGAAUUCAUUGAUAUUUAUUGUAAGUUUACCAUUUGUCAAUCCACAAUUAUUUGAAUUUCUGAAGAAAUCACAAAAGUAUACGACAUGUAACAUUCCGCUUCAUACAACGUGA